AUGCCGAAGAAACCCGACGCUGACCAUACCGCGGACCAGAUGCAACAGCAGAUGGGCCGCAUCACUCUCCUGGAGCAGAGCAUGACAAAGGUCGAGACGAUGGAACAGACCUUGUCGGCGAUGCAACAGCAGAUGAGCGUAUUCUUUGGUCGAUGGGAGCAGGAGAAGAACAAGCAGAUGAAGGAGCAAGCUCGUUCGCUCGAAGUCGCCAAAGGUAAAGCUCAUCAAGCAGAAGGAACGCCGACCGUGGAGGAGCUGUCGCCGGUGACGAAAGAAACCGGUCACGCCCUGAUUCAAACCCCGAUGCCGACGCAAGGGGAAGGGUCGGAGAAAAGAAGAUCCUGUUCACAAGGGUCCAGCCUGUCCGAGGGAGAUCGUCGAGACAGGGACCGCUCGUUGACCGACCAGAUCGAGCUACCAUUGUUCGACGGUGAACAAGCAGAUAGCUGGGUGCUGAGGGCGGAGCAGUACUUCGAGCUCAGUGAGUUUACGGAGGAGCAAAAGUUGAGGGCCGUACGGAUGUGUUUCCUGGAUGACGCGCUCCUUUGGUACCGUUGGGAACGAGACAGAGAUCCGUUUCGUAGUUGGGAUCACUUGAAAGGAAGGGUACUGGAGCAAUAUUCGACCAUGAAAGACACGUCGGCCGGAGAGAGACUCUUAAGACUCCGGCAAGAGGGGUCAGUGAAAGAGUACUGUCGGGAGUUUAUCUCACUGGCGAUGAACGCCCCGGAGGUUCCAGAUACGAUACUGAAGAUGGCUUUUAUGGCUGGGUUGAAACCACGCAUAAGAGCCGGCGUUAAGAUGUUCGAACCUUCGACGCUACAGAAGAUGAUGAAGGUAGCUCGGAAGGUGGAGGCCUGGGAAGACGACGAUGACGAGGAAACAAAACCCUACAGAGGAUUAUCGGGCCGAAGCUCGAAGCCCAGUAAAGGAGGAGAAUCUACUUUGGUGAGUCGACAAAACUCUAACGGGCCUGGUUCGCAGAAGUCGAAGCCCAGUGGAGAUCAGAGCCCAACAACAAAAAAAGAAAAGGGGUUCACGGGAAAAACGUCGACAUAUCACAAUAGGGUUAAGGCGCCGUUCCGUCAACUCACGACUGCGGAGAUCGAGCAACGAAGAGCCGCCGGGUUGUGCUACCGGUGUGAUGAGAAGUAUCAUCGGAAUCACCGAUGUCCAAAACCAGAGCUCACGGUGUUGGUCAUGCACGAUGAUGGAAGUGAAGAGAUGUUUGAGGAAGAACCACACGAGACGCCGGAGGAGGAAGAUGAGGUCGAAGCGGUGGUGGCAGAAGUGUCGAUUAAUUCCGUGGUGGGUCUGUCUUCAUCACGCACCAUGAAGCUAAAGGGUGAGCUUAACGGCGAAGAGGUGAUUGUGCUUAUCGACAGCGGGGCGUCGCACAACUUCGUUUCCGAGAAGCUGGCGGCGAAGAUGGCGGCGAAGCUGGGGCUAGAAGCUCAAAACACCACCCGUUAUGGAGUGAUGGUGGCGGGAGGCGUUAAGGUGCAAGGAAGAGGGGUGAUUACAGGGGUGGAGUUGAAAGUGCAAGACUGCACCAUUCACACAAGCUUCCUACCCUUAGAGUUGGGGAUAGCUGACGUUAUAUUGGGAGUGCAGUGGUUGGAUACAUUGGGGGAGACCCGCGUGAACUGGAAAUUACAAAGGAUGAAGAUAAAAAUGGAUGGAGAGUGGGUGUUGAUACAAGGUGAUCCAAGUCUCCACUCGGCUGGGGUCUCACUCAAAUCCAUAUGGAAGACCAUGGAGAGGGAAGGCGAAGGCGUCAUUGUAGAGUUUGGAGGGUUGCAAGCGGCAGAGACAGGGCCUUCAGAGAAGAUCAACCCGGAGUGGCAGGGGGUGAUAAAUCAGUAUGAAGGUGUGUUUCAAGAGCCGAGUGGCUUGCCUCCUUCAAGGGGGAAGGAGCAUGUUAUUCUAUUGGAGACAGGGGCCAGUCCCGUUAGUGUCAGACCAUUUCGUUACCCUCAAGCACAGAAGACAGAGUUUGAGCGGCAGAUUGGGUUGAUGAUGGCAGCAGGGAUCAUACGAGAGAGCAACAGUCCUUUCUCUAGCCCCGUCCUGCUCGUGAAGAAGAAAGAUGGGAGUUGGAGGUUCUGCAUUGACUACAGAGCUCUCAACCGAGUCACGGUGGUGGACAAGUAUCCAAUACCGAUGAUCGAUCAGCUACUCGACGAGCUACACGGAGCAACGGUCUUCUCGAAGCUCGACAUACGUUCCGGCUAUCACCAAAUCUUGGUGAAAGCUGAAGACAUACCCAAGACCGCGUUCCGCACGCAUGAUGGCCACUAUGAAUUUCUAGUGAUGCCAUUUGGGUUGUCUAACGCGCCGGCGACGUUCCAGUCACUCAUGAAUGAUGUGUUUCGUCCUCACUUGCGCCGCUUUGUACUCAUCUUCUUUGACGACAUCUUAGUGUACAGCAAGACGAAAGAGGAAAACAAGGAGCAUUUGGAGGAGGUGUUGCGGUUGUUGGCGGAGCACCAGCUGUAUGCGAACAUAAAAAAAAUGUGA